AUGACGUGUAUGAGUAUCGCGCAGUUAGAAUUAUUGCAAUUCAUAGAACAUAUAGAUAUCAUGCAUCUAGGAUUUUUCAUGAUAGCUACAGCAUUGGAUUUCUUUGAAUUGAUGCCAAAAUCUAUCAUUAUCGGAAAAUUGGUCAACAAAAUUCGAGAGGUGAAUGACUUCUUUUUCAUGACUGUGAUGCUGCCAAUAUCUAUGUGCGUGUGUAGCGGUUUUUGGUCUGCAUGGGUAUUAUUUAACGACAUUAUUUAUCCAUCAGCUGUAAACAAUGUCGUACCAGUAUUUAUCAAUCACGUGUCGCAUACCACUCCUAUUUUCGUUGUGUUUAUUGAAUUGUGUCUCUGUUAUCAUGCAUCGCCAAGAGUGAAACCCUCCAUUGUYAGCCUCGUCUCCGUCGAAACUAUUUACCUAUUAACGUAAGAAACUGUCUAUAAUA